GCCGCCCCAGCUUCCUGCGCCGCAGGUGAGGCGCGCUCGUUUCCCGCUUCCGCCCAGGUGAGAGCCGGCGGCCAUCCCGCCGCUCCGACCGCCGCCGCGUCCCGCCCGCAGGUUAUUCUGAGUAAUUUCAAAAAUACCCUUCAAGAUGCCUGAAAAUCCUGCUGCAGAUAAACAGCAGGUGCUGCAGAUCCUUGAUCGUCUGCAAGCAAAACUGCGUGAGAAAAGAGAUUCCCAACAUAAUGAAAACCUGACUGUUCUACGUAACACACUCAGGAGCCCUUUGUUUAACCACAUACUGACUCUUCAGCAAUCCAUCAAGCAACUGAAGGAACAACUCAAUUAUAUGCCUCCUGACCGUUCAGUAGAUUUUGAUUUUACUAGAAGAGGGGUACUAGUGUUUGCUGACAAAUCAGUUGCUGCUGGGAGUGUGCAUACACCUUGCAGUUCACCUGAAGCCAAAGCAUCGACCUUCACUCCAAACCUGGGAGUUAAUGAAUUUAACUUAAUCAUCAAACAGAUGGCAAAGGGCAGACAAAUAGAAUCAAUAAAGAUUGAAAAGCCUUCUGUUGGAGGUCUUGGAUUUAGUGUGAUUGCCCUUAAAAAUCACAGCCUGGGAGAAGUUGGUAUCUUUGUCAAGGAAGUCCAGCCAGGAAGCAUAGCUGACAGGGAUCAAAGACUAAAGGAAAAUGACCACAUACUGGCCAUUAAUUGCACCCCAUUGGAUCAGAACAUUUCCCAUCAGCACGCUAUUGCCCUCCUCCAGCAAUCCACAGGAUCUCUACAUCUGGUUGUGGCUAGGGAGCCAGGUCAUGGAAACAGCGGAACUUCGGCUGUCUUAUUAAAUGAUAUAAAUCCACCUGAGACUAUUCACUGGGGCCACGUUGAAGACAUUGAGCUGAUUAACGAUGGUUCAGGAUUAGGCUUUGGAAUUGUAGGAGGAAAGUCGAGUGGAGUAGUUGUAAGAACAAUUGUUCCUGGGGGAUUAGCGGAUCGGGACGGGAGGCUCCAGACAGGAGAUCACAUCUUACAGAUUGGAGGGACCAAUGUGCAAGGAAUGACCAGUGAACAAGUUGCCCAAGUGCUGAGAAACUGUGGGAAUUCUGUUAGGAUGAUCGUUGCAAGAGACCCUAAGUGUGAAAUUAUGGAGACUCCACCAGCUCCUGUGAGCUGGCCAGUGAGUACAUUACCUUCCUUUCAAAAUGGAAAUGAUAAUGCCAAACUUUUUGAGACCUAUGAUGUUGAACUUAUAAAAAAGAAUGGGCAAAGCCUGGGGAUAACAAUUGUUGGGUAUGCUGGCACAUCUGAUGUGGAACCUUCAGGGAUUUUUGUGAAAAAUAUAAUACCUGGUAGUGCUGCUGACCACAAUGGCCAAAUACAUGUUCAUGACAAAAUUGUUGCUGUUGAUGGAGUUAAUAUACAGGAUUAUACCAACCAAGAAGUGGUAGAGGCAUUGCGUAACACAGGACAGACUGUACACCUUACCUUACUUAGGAGGAAACCUACUAUUUCCUCAGAAAGAGCUACAGAUAGAGUGCAGCCAACUGUUCCAGUCUUUGUGUCCCCUGGAGCUGUAGGGACUGAAACUAGUGUGGACACUAAGAAUGAGGAAAACCAAGAACAGAAGGAUAAUCCUCAAACUGAAAAGAAACAAAGUCUAGAUAAAACAGGAAGAGUCCCGGUCCCUCCAGUACAUGAGCUGAAAUCCAAGUGGGAAAACCUGCUGGGACCCGAAUACGAAGUUAUGGUUGUGAAUGUGGAUAUGCCCAUUACAGAUGAUUCAGAGCUCCAGAAGUACUCAAAGCUAUUACCCAUCCACACUUUGAGACUAGGAGUUGAGCUUGACACAUUUGAUGGACAUCAUUAUAUAUCAUCAGUUGCUUCAGAUGGUCCGGCUGCAACACUUGGUAUUCUGCAACUGGAGGAUGAACUUCUGGAGGUAAAUGGAGUUCAGCUAUAUGGAAAAUCACGCCGUGAGGCAAUCACUUUUCUAAAAGAAGUGCCACCCCCAUUUACACUGGUUUGCUGUCGGCGACUUUUUGAUGAUGGCAGUGAGUCUCUUGUGGAUGAACCCACGGUGGGAGUUUCCCUUCCAGGACAAAAGGUGAAACCUGAGGAAGACGUUAAUCCUGAUGAGGAAGAAGGGGAAUUAGCAUUGUGGUCUCCUGAUGUGAAGAUUAUUGAACUGGAGAAAGACAAAUGUGGUUUAGGAUUCAGCAUUUUAGACUAUCAGGAUCCCUUAGAUCCAACAAGAACAGCCAUUGUGAUCAGCUCUUUGGUGGCAGGCGGAGUAGCCGAACGUGGGGGUGAGCUUUUACCAGGUGACCGCUUGGUGUUUGUAAAUGAGAAAUAUUUGGACAGCGCCACUUUAGCAGAGGCAGUGGAAGUGUUGAAAUCUGUGCCCCCAGGUACAGUUUCUCUUGGAAUCUGCAAGCCUUUGGUGGGAGAAAGCAAAGGGGAGGAGAACAUGCACAGUGUGGAUUCCAGCAACAUUAAAACUAGCCCUGGAUCUCCAGAACCAAUAGAUAAUAUUAAUUUCUCAAUAAUACUUGAAGCACCACAGGGUUUCAGAGAUGAAACACCUUUUAAAGAAGAACUUGUUGAUGAACCAAGUUUGGACCUGGGAAGGUCAUUUCAGCUUUCUAAAAAUGACAAUGAGUAUGAGAAGGAGUCCUGGGAGAUGCAUGAAUUUCUGAAACCCAAACCAGAAGAAAAGGAUGAAGAACGGGAAAUGUUGGUGGACGAUGAGUACGAAGAAGAUUCAGACUUCCUGAAAUAUAAUGCAUCAUGUGGACAGAAGGCAACUUCAGAGAGGAACCUCGAUACAGAACAAUGGGCAAAGCAACUUGAGACUACUGAAAUACAAGACUUAAGAUCCAGUGUUAACUCAAGUCCAAAACAGUCUCUGGAAUAUCUACUCAAUAAAGAUCAAAUGUGUGAAGAAAAUGCUAGUUUAAGUUCACUAUUUUCUGGAACCCCAGCACACAGUGGCUAUCAAAAAGACGUAUUUGAUACUGAAACUAACCAUUCAGGAGCAAAAACCAAGAUGGAUUUAGGUACAAAGCUUCAGAUUGAUUCUAAAGGACCUGGGCUUGCUGUUGGUUUGGAAGUUAUUGAAAAGGAAGAGCUAAAAGGGGAGGAUUAUGUUUUUUCCAAGAACCUGGAAUCUGGGAGAGUAACCACCUUAGCUCAGCCUAGACCAGCAUUGUGCAGUGAAUUACCUGAGAGAGAAGAAGGAGAAGGAGAAGAAACUCCAAACUUCAGCCACUGGGGACCACCACGGACUGUUGAGAUUUUUAGAGACCCUCACGUGUCUCUUGGAAUCAGUAUUGUUGGUGGACAGACUGUCAUAAAGCGCCUGAAGAAUGGAGAAGAACUUAAAGGGAUCUUCAUCAAACAAGUUUUGGAAGACAGCCCAGCAGGAAGAACAAAGGCUUUAAAAACUGGAGAUAAAAUACUUGAGGUUUCUGGGAUAGACCUACAAAACGCCACACACGAGGAAGCAGUAGAAGCUAUCAAGAAUGCGGGAAAUCCUGUUGUGUUCGUAGUUCAGGGUUUGUCUAACAUACCAAAAGUGGUUUCUGCUGUACUGCCUAAGGGAAUCAAAGUCAACAAAGACCAGGAUGCAGACAAAGAAAAUAAGAGUGAUAAGAGAAAAUAUGGGGCUCCGCCUCCCAUGAAACUGCCACCUCCUUAUAGAGCACUUGAAAGACUGCAUGCAGAGGAAGCUAAUAUGAAUGAAGAGGAGGAUGAGGAUGCUUGCGCAGAGAAAAAAAUCCGGCAACGAUAUGCAGAUCUACCAGGAGAGUUACACAUUAUUGAGCUUGAGAAAGACAAAAAUGGGCUUGGACUGAGUCUUGCUGGCAACAAGGACCGCUCUCGUAUGAGCAUCUUUGUAGUUGGUAUCAAUCCAGAUGGACCUGCGGGACGAGAUGGAAGGAUGCAUAUUGGCGAUGAACUUCUAGAGAUAAACAAUCAGGUACUGUAUGGAAGAAGUCACCAGAAUGCUUCUGCAAUCAUUAAGACUGCCCCAUCAAAGGUCAAGCUAGUUUUCAUACGAAGUGAAGAUGCAGUCAAUCAGAUGGCUGUUACUCCUUUCCCACUGCCUUCCAGCUCCCACUCUUCUAUUGAGGAUCAUGGUGGCACUGAACCUGCAAGCAGCGAAGAAGACCCGAGUUUGGAAGUUGUCAUGAAAAGUUUGACUGAUGAGGAAUCCAACAAAGCUGAUGUGAAAUGUAAACCUGACAAACCAGUGGUGGCAGAUCAGCAGGAAAUAGAGGAGCAACCGCCGGAAAAUGUCCUCAAUCAGAUCAAACAAUCCAAAACUUCAAGAAAAGUAGCAGCCAACUUAAAAGAGAUACCCCUGGUGCCAGCACCUACUUAUCUUUCUCCGGAGGGAGAAGUCACGAGCCGUAGUGUCUUUCCACUUCCUUUGCCUGUGGAUCCAGCAACAUGCCCUAUAGUUCCAGGGCAGGAGAUGACUAUAGAGAUAUCUAAGGGUCGGUCAGGCCUAGGACUCAGCAUUGUCGGAGGGAAAGACACCCCACUGGAUGCCAUAGUGAUCCAUGAAGUUUAUGAAGAAGGGGCAGCAGCCCGAGAUGGCAGGCUUUGGGCUGGCGACCAGAUUCUGGAGGUGAAUGGGAUCGAUCUCCGAAAUGCCAGCCAUGAAGAAGCUAUCACUGCACUGAGACAGACGCCUCAGAAGGUGCAGCUGGUUGUUUAUAGAGAUGAAGCACAUUACAAAGAUGAAGAAAACUUAGAGAUUUUCUAUGUAGAUAUACAAAAGAAAACAGGCCGAGGACUGGGGCUCAGCAUAGCUGGAAAACGAAAUGGAAGUGGAGUGUUUAUCUCUGACAUUGUUAAAGGAGGAGCUGCAGACCUAGAUGGAAGAUUAAUUCAAGGAGAUCAGAUUUUGUCUGUAAAUGGAGAGGAUAUGAGAAAUGCCUCACAGGAGGCUGUUGCCACUAUACUUAAGUGUGCCCAAGGCCUAGUGCAUCUUGAGCUUGGGAGAUUGCGAGCUGGAUCAUGGCUGUCAUCACGGAAAACAUCGCAAAACAGUCAGGCAAGCCAGCACAGUGUCCACAGCCACUUCCACCCUGCGCUUGCUCCGGUCCUCUCUACCUUACAGAAUUUUGUCAGCACAAAAAGAUCUUCAGCAGAUGUGUCUCAGAGAAACUCAGUAGGAGCAGAUAUGGGCCCAAGGACUGUGGAGAUAACAAGGGGACCAAAUGAUGCACUUGGUAUCAGUAUAGCAGGAGGGAAGGGAAGUCCACUAGGAGAUAUUCCCAUCUUCAUUGCUAUGAUUCAAGCCAGCGGUGUGGCUGCACGUACCCAAAGACUCAGAGUUGGAGAUCGGAUUGUCAGUAUUAAUGGGCAACCUUUGGAUGGGCUGUCUCAUGCAGAUGCGGUUAAUCUACUAAAGAAUGCUUAUGGGAGCAUUAUCCUGCAGGUUGUGGCAGACACCAACAUCAGUGCCAUUGCUACCCAGCUGGAGAGCAUGUCUGCGGGAUGCAACCUGAACUCUUCGACUGAGCAUCCUUCUGAAGAUCCCGAAGCACCUCAGCCUAAGAUUAUUACUUUGGAGAAAGGCUCUGAUGGACUGGGAUUUAGUAUUGUAGGGGGGUAUGGAAGUCCCCACGGAGACCUGCCCAUUUAUGUCAAGACUAUAUUUGCCAAGGGAGCAGCUGCGGACGAUGGCAGACUGAAGCGUGGUGAUCAGAUUUUAGCAGUUAAUGGGGAAGCUUUGGAAGGUGUUACUCAUGAGCAAGCUGUAGCUAUUCUGAAGCGCCAGAAAGGAACUGUAACGUUAACGGUGUUAUCAUGAAUGUCAUUGCGCUUGCAGAGAUAAGUACAAUUAUUUUAGAACAUCAGUAGAGCUAUAAUAAUACUGUUCAGCCCUGAGCAGGAUAUAAAGCAAACCCUGGCAAAAAUGAAUCAGUAUUCACCCCAUUGCCAGAAAGGGUAGUGUGCAUCUCGAGCUUCAUUUAGCCUUCCUCAUUUAUCAGCCCUUCUCCCCGCCCUCCCCUACUUCUGGCGGCUUUUGAGGUUUCUCUGAACAAGUUUAAUUAAGAAACUUCAAAGAACAAUGUCCAUUUUACUUUAUUUAUACAUCAGUUUAUCCCCACUAGUCUGAACCCCAGUUACAACUGCUGAACCUGGAAUCAGUUCGCACACAAACGAGAAUUUAGAUCAUCAACUGAUCUCAUCUGAUGAGCAGAAAUAAAUGCCGAGUGACUUGUCAUCUCACUCAUGAUUUACUUAUGCUAAUUGUCCUUUCAAGUAUGCCAGAAAACAUUAGCAAUGUAAUUAAAUUACCACUGUUCCAAAUGAUGAAAUAUCAAAUUCUCCUCUGGGAAAUUAUUUGUGCUCGGCACAGUAAGUCUGAUAGUCAAAUGUGAACUUCUCAUGUUUAUCUCUUUGGGUAGGUCUAUGGAAGUUAGUCAGAGGUAAUUACUGUGAUGUGUCAAUUUGCAGCCUUUAGCAUGAAAAAUAAACUAGGGGAAAGGGAGAUUUAUUUUUUUAGGCUUUUAAAAUGUUUGAGCCUUUUCAGAUAUUUAGGCAGCAUGAACAACAACAACGUAUCUCGUUCUAUUCUAAUUAUAUUUUUAAAGAAGAAACAAUGUGCUGAUAUAUGCCAGGCAUGUUGCAUACAAAGGCAGUUGUUGUUGUGCCAAGUUGCAGCAUAAUUGUUCAUCCUGAAACUUUAAUGAAGAUAAAAAGUUUGCUUCGGCAAUGUGAUCCUGUAAUUCUAGUAAUGAUUGUGAGCAGUCCCUCUGCACGUUGUCUUUAAGGCUAGAUGAAGUUAAUCCAAACCAGCAAACCGUUUUGCAUUUCCAAAAGUCUCCCCAGGAUCAGAUAGUGCAGGAAGAGGCUUUCAUGGAUCAGCGGAUGCUUCUUCCUUGGGGCUGCUGGAGUUCAGUUUUGGCUAAUACCAAAUAACACCAGGCAGUGGUGAGAUGAUCGCCGCAGAAGACUACUGUGGCAGUUCAGGAUUAUGUGGUCCCGGGGCUGGCUGCUGUGCCUGUCCUCCCCAGGGCAGAGCUUGCAGAAGGGGAUCCCUCAGCCCACUCCAGUGAGUCAGGUGGCUCAGUCGAAGCCCCUGGCUGUUUUUUCGGUUUAAGUUAAGCAAGGUGAAAGUGUGCUGAAGCCCACGAGGAGCCUUCCCAAGGCCUGUCCUGCUUUGUGCAGUGGGGGUGGGAUGCAGGAACGUUUAGCCAGAAGUUAGCAACUUUGUUCCGUGUCACAACCAUUCCUGCAGUGAUUAUAUGACUGUGGCCGUAGUGAUUUAGCAAAUGAAUUUGGCAGGCAGAUUAAUGGCAAUGCAAGUCGUUGUGGUUUAAUCUUCCUAUCCAGAGGAACAGUAGGGUUUUAGAGGAAGAAGCCCAGUCUGAUUUGGACUAUUUGGUGUAAUUUGUAAUGAUGAUGGGAGAAAUGAAAGGGGGGGGGGUGUGUCGAAAUUGGCUGCUCGUUUUAUGUGAAAAAUCCCUGCAAUUAAACAGAAAGAAGAUUGAAAAUCUGCGGUAUAACUGAGUAGUGUGGGGUUUGUGUUAAAGGUAGUGUUGUUAGGUAUGGUAUAGCUAGAGUGGGUAUUUCCCCAUUUUAUGUAGGAGAACAGGUACUGAAGUGAGAUGAGCUACGCUGAAACAAGCAAGCUGUGAUUAGCUCUAAUUGAAACAGUUUUCCUUACUUUACUGAAAAGUUUUCGUAGGUAAUCACAAAGUGCAUUUAGCCUGCUGGAGCCAUUAGUUGGUAUUUCAUCAACAGUGCCUGGAAGAGACCUCACAUUUCCAGUGGCUUCUCACUGCACUAUUUGAUUUGCCAAGGGAAGUGUUAGUGGAACGUUGAUUGUAGACGCACAGAAAUAUGUCCAGAUGUAGCGAACUGGAGAGGUUUUAACAAACUGUGUUUGGUUGCAGAAGUAUCCAGGGUAUGCAGAAGUUAAAGGCGGGUAGGUGAAGGAGGUACACUCAGAAAUAGUGUAUGGAAUUCAUGAACAAAAUGUAAUGAUUCCUCUGUCUGAUUAUGUUUUUAUAACUGUUGCAUUCCUACUUUAAGAUGUUGCCACAUUUAAUCUAUGAAGUUUUACGUGGCUAUUUAUUAGCCUAUUAUGCACAUACUGUUCAUAUACAUAAAGAAUAGAAUUUAUGGGCUGAGAUAUUUUGCACUUCUUAUUGCUCAGAAUGAGAGAGAACAUUUUCUGCUUCUUGUAAUUUGCACUUUGUGUGUUGAAUAUAUUACUGCCAAGAGUUAUAUUGCAACUAAUAGAUAAACCAGUGACCAUGCAGAGAAGCGUGUGCUGUAUGUGCAGGACCAAGUUAGAUAAUUAAAUCUGCAUUACGCUUGUCUGGGUUGAGGUGUUCUGGUUUGUUUAAAACUUUAUUUCUGUGCAAGGGAAAAAGUAAUUAAACCUCCUGAUUGUAUGUUUAUGUAUAUCAGUAAAAUGAGACAUUUUAUGACUUCAAAGAUUCUAAAUAAAGUUCGGUUACAUAAGUA